AUGUCGACAUCUCUUCCCCAACGGCAGCCCGAAGGCAAAAAGAGACAGCGGGUCUCCAUCGCCUGCCUCGCGUGCCGGCAGAGACGCAUGCGAUGCGAUGGACAACAGCCCAUCUGUGGCUCUUGUACGAGGAGGGGCACCGAGUGUGAGUUCCAGCACGCGGACAAUAAACGCCGACCGCCCAGCAAGAAAUACGUAGAAUCCCUGCAAGCUCGAAUCAGACAUCUAGAAGCCCAAGUCGUCGCCCUAGGCUCCCAGCCGGCCACCGGCUCCGGCGACCUCGCCGCCGCCGAGACCACCGAGGACAAUGACGGGCAAGACGACAGCACCGGCGAAGACGACGACGGCAACGGGGGUCCCCUCUCGGACCUCACCGGCCUCGUCGGCCUCCUCAACGUGAUUGAAGACGGCCAGCUGCACUACUUCGGCUCCCAGUCUUCCUACAACCUCGUCCGCGAACCACCGCGCGACUCCCCCGCCGACCCGCGCGAGCCCUCGCUCAAGAUGCAGCGUCAGGGUCUCCUCGCCGCUGCCCAGCUGGGGAAAAUGGUCACCGUCCCCGACGAGCUGCAGGCUCACCUACUCGAGCUCUACUGGCGCUGGCAGAAUCCCUGGAACUACGUCAUCCACAAGAGUGCCUUCCUGCGGAGCUACCGCGGCGAGGAUGAUGGGGCGUAUUGCUCGCCGUUGUUGUUGUGCUCCAUCUUUGCUAUUGCGGCGCGGUACUCUGAUCGCCCUGAGCUGCGGACCGUGCCGGAUGAUCCCAGUAUUGCUGGGGAUGCGUUUGGCGAGCAUGCCAAGAUUCUGCUGUUGUAUGAGAGUGAGGCGCCGACGAUUACGACGGUGCAGGCUGCGUGCUUGCUUGCUUUGAGGAUCAUGUCGGAUGGCAAGGAGGCAUUGGGGUGA